AACAAUUCCGAAUUACUUUCAUGAUGCGUCCAAGGUCAAGUCUUGGAACUACUUGUUAUGUGCUUGGUAAAGGAAGACCGGGCAAUGAGUGGAUCACAAAAAGACCGCCAUUCAGUCUUGAAGGUUCAUUAUCCAGAUGGAUCAUUAGUAUUACUUCAUCAGCACCAUAGGGAAUAAUGUACUCUCAUGCCAGAAUAUCUUUCCAAUUGGGUUUUAGUUCAGUCGCCUGAGUUCGCUCGGCUUCGAAAAUAUUGGGAGAUCAUAAAAGCAUAUGAGACCUUUAUGAGUGGGAAAAAGACGAUAUUUCUCCAUCUGUUCUAACGAAUCGCAGUUUCUAUUCAUGGAUACUUGCUCAGCUGAAUGUAGGCCUACAUUGCAUACGUAUACUCAUUCAGCUGUUCCAAAGGACAUGAAGGAGAGAUUGAAUUUUCAAGCGUGCUUUGAGAAUUCGAGAUUUUUUUUGUCAUUCAUGAUUCAUGGCUUUGGAUUACCUUCCGUACAAUUUCAGUGGCACAUCUUUUUUUCACAACUCUCCCUCCCAGUCCAAAUCGGGGCCGACCUCACAUCAGGAUUCAAGUCACGGCUCAAUCAUGUCGUUAGGCUCGUCCUCCAUCUUGACUCGCCCCACGACGACGUCCACAAGGAGUGCACCUGUCCACGCGAAAACACGACGGGCCUCGUCCCCCACCUCAAUCAUGUCCCUGGGAUCCACACUGUCAGCCCUGUCCUUCGGUAAAAGCCCGACGGCCACAAACUCGACCCCCCAGUCGCCCACGCGGAUGAUCCGAUCCUUUAGCCGAGAGAAGAACGUUCUGUCCAGUGUCACGUUUUCAAUUCACUUGGAACAUGACCCGCAGGAUGAGACCAAUGGGAUCCUCACCAUCACCAUCGAGAGUGCCAAGGAUUUGCCUCUUCGAGAUUAUGGAGCUCCUUGUGAUGUCAUGGUCCAUGUGUCGCUUCAUCGGGAUCGUCGAUCCCUGCGAAAGCGUUCCAGGCACGUGUUUGCCGACUUCAAGACCGACGUGGUGAAACAGGAUCAGAAUCCAAGCUUUGGGCAAUCUUUCAAAACGAAUGUUCCCUGGAGCGAUUACAAGAAUCUGCGUAUGAAACUGAGUGCAUUCGACCACGAUCGUCACAGCAAAGUGACUGAAAUUGGAACAACGUCCUUGUACCUCAAGGAAAUUAAACAUUUGAAUACCUCCGCAGAGGGUUUAAUUAUGACCAACUUUUUGGCUCAAAAGAAACAGGAAUAUGGCGAGCUCAUGUUUGGAAUGAGCUAUUUACCCACAGCCCAACGCCUGUCUUUCAGCAUCAUGAAAGCCACAAAUCUCAAAUAUGAAGAAAUUGUUUCAAACUUGGACGAUUUUGUUCCAUACGUGCGAAUUCUCCAAUUGAGUGCCAGUGGAAAAGUGGUCAAGAAAAAGAAGACGUCCAUCCGUCCCGGAACCAAAGAACCGGCUUUCAACGAAACCUUAAAUUUCGAUCUGAACCCUAACCAGUUAGAGUCCACGGCUUUCAUGGUGCUUUUGUCUCACAAGCAAACCUCGUUUGAACUUCAGGACAUGGAUUCCUCGAGCUUUCCAGAAACUCAAUUGCCUUUGUCAGAGCGAUCCGAUUCUGGAAUGAGUCCCUCGCCCAUCCCUAGUCCACGACCAGAUGAAAGUGCUUACACCCAAGGGCCAACUAAUGGUCAUUCCCAUGGUCACGCCCACUACCGUCUUCGCCAUCGCCAUCAAGGCAAGGACUUGUGCUUGGGUCGAAUUGUGAUGGGAAGCUUCGUCCGAGGAGAGCGAGAGCGAGGACAUUGGGCCUCAGUCAUAGCCACGCCCCGAAAAGUGUUCACCAUGUGGCAAACCCUGUAUUAAGAACCCAGAAAAGCAUGUCCCGCUAGAAACUUGUUUUAAAAAAGACUAUGAAAUAUAAUUUUGAUUGCAUAAAUCCCAA